UAUGUGUGUAUAAGUUAAAUAUCGUAGUAUAUUUAUGGGAUUGAGAGCUUGAGAUGAAUGGAAUAGAUUAGGACCAUAAGGCCGACAUUUCGCGUCGUCAGGCGCUUUGUUUCGUCGUAAUCUUUUCUAUUAAAACAGGAACAUUUUUAUUUAGGUCGUAAUUCUUAAUUGAAUGUUCCCAAUAUUCCUAGAUGAUGGUUUAUAAUGAAAGUGUACCAAAGACCAAAACACAAUAAGCUAACAUGGACGGAGAAAUAGAACAAAUCUUCAUAAAACCAGACAUUGCUCAUUUGAAAGUUGAAGUGGAAUGUGAACAGGAAAGUAGCGAUGACCCGUACCGGCCGCCCGAGCAUGUCUUCAAUGUCAAGAGUGAAGAUGGAAGUAGCUUACUCUUUCCUGACUCAAUUAAUGAAAUCCAUAAAACAAAUUCAGUAGAAAUUGUUGGCAAAGUAUAUGAAAAUGGUAAAAUAAACAGAUUACAAUGCCCACAGUGUGAUAAUACUUUCAAAAACAGAGCUAACCUGAAGCAACACCUCAAGUUUGUGCAUUCAUCAGAAGAUGAUAUUGUUGAAUGUGAUAAAUGUUACAGGACUUUUAAGUCAGUUGGCCAUUUACGCUCACACAACCACUCGGUUCACGCUGAAGAAAAAGAAGUGACCUGUGAACAUUGUGGGAAAGUUUUCUCAAAUAAAAAACGCUUAAAUAAUCAUAUUUUCUAUUCACAUCCCGAACCUGAAGAAAGUGUCAAUUGCAGUGUCUGCUCUAAAUCUUUUAAGCGCAGAUAUAAUUUGAAAAUACAUAUGAGACUUGUACAUCCUUCUGAAGACAGAUCUGUACAAUGCCCGCAAUGUGACAAGAAGUUUAAAGUAGAUAUGUUACUGCAAAGACAUAUUAAGUGGAGUCACCCACAAGAUGGAAUGAUGUACCGCUGCCCAGAAUGCGGGAGAACAUUACCAUCUAUCGCUUGCUUCAGAAAGCACAUGCAGAACGUCCAUUCCGGCUCGCAAGAUGCUGUUUGCAAAAUCUGCUCCAAAGUGUUCAAAACAGUCAAGACUUUGAACAGACACGAGAGAAUUGUCCACGGAGGUGCAAAAGUCGAAGCCAAGCCCGGCAAAGUAGGAGAUAUACCAUGUUCGCAAUGUGACAAAAAAUUUACUACCAACACAGCUUUGUUUUGGCAUUUUGAGAGACAUCAUUCGGAGAAUAAAAGAAGCAACGCUUGUCAAAUAUGUAACAAGGAACUGUCAGAUCAAGGGAGUUUGAAAAGACAUUUAGAAAUGGUGCAUUCUUUUGACCCCGUCAAUUGUCCUAUAUGUUCGAAGACUUUUAAAAGUCACAUGAAUUUACAGAGGCACAUUAGAGUCACCCACGCUCCACCAGAAGCCGCCCAAAAGUGUGACAUUUGUAACAAAACUUUCAAAUGCUCUAUGCAUUUGCGAAUACACGUAAACGCUGUACACUCCACUGAGGGCAUUUUCACAUGUGAUAUUUGCGACAAGGAGUUUUCCUCAAAGAAGUACAUGUUGAAGCAUAAGAAAACUCAUGUAGAUGUGAAGCUUUUUCCUUGUGGAAUUUGUAGCAAGAUGUUUAAAUGUGUUAAUGAUGUUAAAAAACAUACUAAGAGAGUGCAUCUGAAGACGCCAGUGAAGACAGAACAUUUAGAAGCAGAGAGUACAGAAGCUGCAAGUUAUACAGACAAUAUGGAAGCAACUAGUUCCGGAGCACUGAAUUGUUCAAAGUGCGGUGAUAAUUUUGAAAAUGAAACGGAGCUGCAUUCGCAUAUUAUUAAUUGUGGAGAGCUUCCAGCGUUGGCAUUCGUGAAGGUUGAGAUCCAAGAUAUGUAGUUUUGUACAAAAUAUAAUUAUAAUUUGGGUUUAUAAAGUUUUGUUAGGUUACAUUUUAUUUUACGUGUUAUAAAAUGAUACAAAAUUAGCUUUUAGUACUGGCAAUGUGCUUGGGUGUUACAUUUUUAUUUGUUGAUGUCAAUUAUUACGAAUUUAAUGUGGAACAGACCUUGCAAGAUGUGCCACGAGAUUUUUAAUAGUGGUUGUAAUGAGGACACUCAAAGAUUAUGACAGAUGGCGCCACCUUAUUAGUCCAUUGCACAGAUAAAAAUUUCAUACGUGAGAGCGAGAAGAUAUUUUUUUCUCUCUCAUAUGAAUGACAGUGACAUGCCUAGAAGACACUUGCACAGGCGCCGCCUGGCGGGAUAAAUUGUCAGUGCCUCCUUAUUCAGUCAUCAUGAAAUAUGGCUUGCUAAUAUCAUGCACAAAGGCUGUAAUAUACUUAAUGAGCAUUUCCUUUUUUUUUAGUCCAUUCUUUUUAUUCUGAUAUUUUUGAAUUUUAGGUCUACAAUCUCGAGCACUUUCUAUCUCAGUAGGAAAAAGUGUCCCAGAAACUCCAUACAUUUUUGUUACUUUCCUCUUUUGUUACCCCAUACAAUAUGGAAUAUGGUAACACAAUAGAAAAAAAAUUACUUACCUAUGGGACAUUUUUUUUACCUAUUAGGAUCGAAAACAGGCUUCUGAGUAGAAAUCACAUAAAAUUUAUCAAAAAUAUGACAUACUAAAAAAGAGGACAAAAAAAAAAGACAGGCUCCAUUAAUCUUGUUAAAAUUAAAAUACAAUUAUAUUCUUGUUCUUUCUUCUUGACAUUCCAUUAAUCUAUGGUGUUUUGUAAAAUCUACAUGUUUGUAUAGGUAUACCGUUCUAUUUGUUACUGAAUUUGUGUAAAUAAACAAUUUUAUCAAUUG